UGUGUGUCUGAUGUUUGUUUGUCUGAUGUGUUGCAGGUCUGUGGGUCUCUGUCUCGCUCGCGCGCCGCGGUCAGGUGCUUGUGUUCGCGCGCCGCAGCAGAAGCUCAUCAUGACGUAAUCAGACCUGCGUUUCCGCCGCUGCAGAGUUUCUCAGAGGAGGAGAGCAUGAUGAGAGACACAGUCAAGAAGUUCGCCCAGGAGCGCAUCGGCCCGUUUGUCUCCAAGAUGGACGAGGAUUCGGUGAUGGAUGCAGACGUGAUCAGCGCUCUGUUCGAGCAGGGCCUGAUGGGGAUCGAGAUCGGAGCGGAGUAUGGAGGCACAGGCUCCUCCUUCUUCUCCUCCAUCCUGGUGAUCGAGGAGCUGGCGAAGGUGGACCCGUCGGUGUCGGUGCUGUGCGACAUUCAGAACACGCUCAUAAACACGCUGCUGAUGAACCUGGGGACGGAGGAGCAGAAGCAGCUCUAUCUGCCGCGGCUGGCCAGCGAUACGGUCGGCAGCUUCUGUCUGUCGGAGUCAGAGUCGGGCAGCGACGCGUUCUCGCUCAAGACUAAAGCAGAGAAACACAAGGAUUAUUACAUCAUCAACGGCUCUAAGAUGUGGAUCAGUAAUGCAGAACAUGCCGGAGUGUUUCUGGUGAUGGCAAACGCAGAGCCGGCCGCGGUUAGUAUGUGUGGAGUCAUUUCUGACACUAAAAUUAGGGUUCGUUCACACUAUGAAUGAUAACUAUACCGAUAACUGUAAUGGUAACUAUAUUGGCGUCUCUAUCAACGCACAGUAAUGUUCUGCUCAUUAUAAGUGUGCCGCAGUUUUGUCGCCUGUCACUUUAAAAGCUG